AUGGGCUGCUGCAGCGGGCGAUGCACCCUCAUCUUUAUCUGCACUUUACAGUUGUUGCUGGCUUUGGAGAGACAGGUCUUUGACUUCCUGGGCUACCAGUGGGCCCCCAUCCUCGCCAACUUCGUCCACAUCAUCAUCGUCAUCCUCGGCCUCUUCGGCACCAUCCAGUACCGGCCGCGCUACAUCGUGGUGUACACAGUAUGGGCCGCUCUGUGGGUCGCCUGGAAUGUCUUCAUCAUCUGCUUCUACCUGGACGUGGGAGGCCUGUCCAAGGACAGUGACCUGCUGACAUUUAACAUCUCAGCCCAUCACUCGUGGUGGAGCGAGCACGGGCCGGGCUGUGUGAGGAGAGAGAUGCCCCAGGCUCCUCCAGGGAUCCGCACCACAGAGAGCCACUCCUACAUCUCUGUCAUGGGCUGCCUCCUGGACUACCAGUACAUCGAGGUCGUGCACAGCGGCACACAGAUCCUUUUUGCUCUCCUGGGCUUCGUGUACGCCUGCUACGUCGUCAGCGCCAUCACUGAGGAGGAGGACAGCUUUGAUUUUAUUGGUGGAUUUGACCCAUUCCCUCUCUACCAUGUCAAUGAGAAACCAUCUCAUCUACUCUUAAAGCCCAUGUACCAGUCUACGUAAAUAGGAGGUGACACAGCAGAUUCCCACGGAGACAAAAUGGCUGUUUUGACACAAACGUCCCCAGUGCACCAGGGCAUG